AUGGUCUACACACUGACUGUCCAUCUUUAUGCCAAUGAACAUCCAGAAUCCAUACCCCGCAUCAAGGCAAAGCUCAUCGAGGCUUCUCGUGUGUAUCGCAAGGACAAAGAGACGGUCGACUGGAUUGUUAUGCAAGAUGUUCAUGACCCACGUGCGUUUACCAUUGUAGAGCGUUUUGAGAACGAGGGCAGUCAGAAAUAUCACCUUGAAAAUCCGUAUUGGAAGACUUUCGACCCCUAUGUCAUUCCCCUCCUCGAUCGGCCUAUGGACCUUCGAAGGCAUGAGGAGCUCGACACGAGCAAGGAUGUGGAAGUACCUUUGUGA